AUGACUUAUUGGAUCAACUUUCUUCUCUUCCUUGUUCUCCAACUGUGCUUUUUGAGUGCUGCAACAACAAAUGAGCAUGAUGACCAUCCUUUACCCACUGUUCACGUCAUCAAUGCCUUGCCUAAGAGCUCAAAAGCAAUGAAUGUCAGGUGCUCAUCCAACAAUAUUGAUAUCGGAGAGCAGUCACUUGUCAAUGGUGAAGUCUACAAAUGGAGGGUGUCACAGAGGAAGCUACACUACUGUGUAGCUAUCUGGGAAAGAUUUUUUGCAUCCUGGCAUGCAUUUCAACCUCGUAGAGAUGGGGAUCAUGAAACUCUGUUUUGGAUGGUGGAAGAAGAUGGGUUCUUUAUUAGUUGGGAUAAAGCCAACUGGGUGAGAAAAUACAGAUGGGAAACUGAGUGA